AUGCAGAUUUUCGUCAAGACUCUUACCGGCAAGACCAUCACCCUUGAGGUCGAGUCCUCGGACACCAUCGACAACGUUAAGGCCAAGAUUCAGGACAAGGAGGGCAUCCCUCCCGACCAGCAGCGCCUGAUCUUCGCCGGCAAGCAGCUCGAGGAUGGUCGUACUCUUUCCGACUACAACAUUCAGAAGGAGUCGACCCUUCACCUUGUCCUCCGUCUUCGUGGCGGCAUGCAGAUCUUUGUCAAGACCUUGACAGGCAAGACGAUUACGCUCGAGGUCGAGUCGAGCGACACGAUCGACAACGUCAAAGCCAAGAUCCAGGACAAGGAGGGCAUUCCUCCGGAUCAGCAGCGCCUGAUCUUCGCCGGCAAGCAGCUUGAGGACGGUCGUACCCUUUCGGACUACAACAUCCAGAAGGAGUCGACGCUUCACCUUGUUCUUCGUCUCCGCGGUGGCAUGCAGAUUUUCGUUAAGACGCUUACCGGCAAGACGAUCACGCUCGAGGUCGAGUCGUCCGACACGAUCGACAACGUGAAGGCGAAGAUUCAGGACAAGGAGGGUAUCCCGCCUGACCAGCAGCGCCUCAUCUUCGCUGGGAAGCAGCUCGAGGACGGCCGCACGCUCUCGGACUACAACAUCCAGAAGGAGUCUACGUUGCACCUUGUCUUGCGUCUGCGCGGUGGUAUGCAAAUCUUCGUCAAGACGUUGACCGGCAAGACGAUCACGCUUGAGGUCGAGAGCUCGGACACCAUUGACAACGUCAAGGCGAAGAUCCAGGAUAAGGAGGGUAUCCCCCCGGACCAGCAGCGCCUGAUUUUCGCCGGCAAGCAGCUCGAGGACGGCCGCACUCUUUCUGACUACAACAUUCAGAAGGAGAGCACCCUCCACCUCGUGCUUCGUCUCCGCGGCGGAAACUGA